UUUAUAUAACACACACAGACACUUUUCUCUCUCUCUCUCCUAAAUUUUCUCUCUCUAAAAUUUUGAAUCCGAAUCCAGCGCCUCUCAAUCCGAAAAUGAGAAAAGGAGCUAAGAGAAAGAGAACCCAAAAGGACGACGCCACUAAUGUAGAAGACAAAGCUGAAGCUGCUGCUGCUGCUACUACCGCGCAGCAGAAUCACAAGAAGCAGCAAAAACCUACUAAAAAAGCAACCGCCGUGAGUACCCGAGCUAAACGGGUUAAGGUCGCCAAGCCGCAAUCGGAACCCGAAUACUUCGAGGAUCAGCGUAAUUUGGAAGACCUAUGGAAGACAGCUUUUCCCGUUGGGACGGAGUGGGAUCAAUUGCAAAAGAUCUAUGAAUAUAAUUGGGAUUUCUCCAACCUGGAGAGUGCAUUUGAAGAGGGUGGAAUUCUGCAUGGAAAAAGAGUCUACCUGUUUGUUAAUACAGAGCCUCAAUUGGUACCUUUCAAGGGUGAAGCAAAAGUGACUAUCAUACCUACAGCUGUUGCGGUUGUAUCUCCUUUUCCCCCUUCCGAUAAGAUAGGAAUUAACUCAGUUCAAAGAGAGGCGGAAGAAAUAGUUCCAAUGAAACAAAUGAAAAUGGAUUGGGUUCCAUAUAUUCCAUUGGAGAAUAGAGGCAGCCAGGUUGAUCGACUGAAGUCUGAAAUAUUUAUUAUGGCCUGCACUCAAAGAAAGUCUGCUUUGAGGCAUCUGAAGAUAGAGCGUCUUAAGAAAUUUGAGUACUGUUUGCCUUAUUAUUACAACCCUUACAAGGAAGAUAUGUUUGAACAAAGCACUGUGGUUUCCAUACUCUAUGACAUAGAACCAAAGCCGGUUGUUUGUGAAUUUGAUUGGGACUUUGAUGACAUUGAGGAUUUCACUAAUGAGCUGAUCCAGGCGGAGGAAUUGUCCGAAGAUCAAAAGGAUGGCUUUAAGGAAUUUGUCAAAAACAAAGUUAAAGAAGCAAAAACUGCUAAUCGAGAGGCAAGGGAAGCCAGAAAAAAGGCCAUACAAGAAAUGAGUGAAGAAGUCAAAAGAGUGCAUGAAAAUAUGAGGUUUUACAAAUUCUAUCCAGUGCAAACAGCUGAUACACCUGACGUUUCAAAUGUAAAGGCUCCAUUCAUUAACAGAUAUUAUGGCAAGGCACACGAGGUUCUAUGAUUUGACGACCCGCAUUUACUGAGACACCCUGAACUUGCUAAGGCUGAAAUUUUGUUCCCCAGGUGUGCUCAUGUGUCCAUGUAAUGCUUGCUUUCUUUCUUUCAGAUAGCUUACAAGAAAGAUAUACAGUCGCAAGUAUCAGAAAUUUUAGAUGAGCAAUUUAGGUAGCAGGCUUUUGUAAGAUACAUUUUUGAGGUGUUCAAAAAAUUUCAAUGUCUUAUUGAGCUGUAGGUAGUAAAAUUUCCCUGUAGCUCGAGCUCAUGUAUCACUCUCAAAUUUUGUUGUUAUACCAUUUCAUUAGCUCUUUAUGACUCAAAGUAAAAGUAAUAUCUGAGAAACAGCUUGAUGCUUAAGAAUGAUCUUAAUGUGCUCA